AUGGCUGAUAAAGAUAAAACUCUGGAUGCAAUACAAGAACAGAUAAGAAAGCUGUAUGAAGAAAAGGUAUUGAUUUUGAGGAAAUGGAGAGAAGAGACAGGGAGAAACAGCAGCUUGAACAAAGAUCAGCAAAAGAAAAUGAGUUUUGGUAACAAUAGAGACAGUGGUGAUCUCUCGUUUGAUUUGACUUCUUCCACUGAGUCUCAAAGACACCGCAGAUCUUUUCACAAUUCAUCAAUGGAUGGGGCUCCUACCUUACUGAAUGAUUCAAGGGACUCUCAGAAGUCUUCAGAUGAUGCAGAAGAAAAUGAUGCAAUGACACCUGAACACAAGCAAGCUCUAAGAGCCAACCGUGACAUCCUUGUUGAAAAUAUGACCCCUGAUGACAUCUUUAAUGAUCUGUUAUCUAAACAGAUCCUUUCAAAUACUGAUGUCACUAGGAUCAAAGACAAGAAAACAACAGAAGCCAUUAAUGAGGAACUGCUGAAUGUCCUGAUAAAACGAUCAGAUAGGGGAUUUUAUGUUUUUGUGGCAUCUUUAAGAAGAACUCUGCAAGGAUGGCUGGCCAAUAGAAUUGACCCAGGCUCUCCACAAAAAAGCACAAGGAAAAGAAGAACAGGUGAGAUGAAUGUCAACGUCAGGUGUGAACAAAUAAUUCCCACCGCCUUAAGUAAGCAAACAUGCAGCUGUCGGGAAGUGGAAGAGCAAGUGCUUAUAAUGGCUAAAGCUGCAUUUGCUCAUCUUCGUCGCAGAGAUGGAUCAGCCGCUGCCUUUGAACAAUUUAAGAAGGAAGUAAAGCAGACAAAUGAAGCCCUACAGGAAUCAGUGGAAAUUGUGAAUGCACUUAAAUUGCUGUGUCACCAUGGUGAAAUUACAAGCAUGACAAUGGGAAGUGCAUGUUUUACAAUACGCUGCUCCUCUUUAGCAUCUUGUCACGCCCUUUGGAAAGUCUAUGAGUCUGGGGUUCUGCUGGAAGUUUUUCAGCAAGCUUUUGUGACGCCAACUUUGCUUCACAUCUGCAAAGCCAAAGAAAUCCACUUGUAUGUAAGGAUGUCAAGACUUGAGUACCUGAGCUGUGCCUUGGAGUUAGGUAUGCCACUGAAGAAGAAGUUAUAUUGCUGUCAGAAGGAAAAUGUACCUGAAGAGACUGUAAAA